AUGAGCCACCUUCCUUCUCUUCCCGGCUCUGGUGCAGGCUCCGGCCCCCAGACCACCACCACAACCUCCUCCUCCUCCUCCUCCUCUUCCUCCUCCUCCUCCUCCUCGCCUUCGGGCACCAACCCUCGUCCUUCUGGUGGGGCAGCCGCUCCCCAGAUUAUCGUCAACCCCUUCGGACGGGGUAGUGGCACUGGCCCUGGCCUGGCCGCCACCAAUCCUUUCGGCGUUGCUGCUGGAAGGGCUUCGGCCCCGGCCCCGGCCCCGGCGAACCCUUUCGCCGCUCUUCGUUCUCAGGCCCCGGCCUUCGCCAACCACGUCGCCCCAGCCGCUGCCAACCCUUUCGCUGCCGCUGCUGCAGCCUACCGCGCCAAUGGCGCGGUCAACGGAAUGGCCAACGGCCUUCCCAACGGCAUCGGGUCCCGCGGUCCUCGACCAACGGAUUUCAACCCGUUGUACCGUCCCCCCUCCUCUAAUUCUGACAACCCGGAGGCUAGCUCGGCCCUUUAUGCCAGUCUAGAUGCUAUCCUCGCGGAAGGCACCUCCUCGGAGACCAGGCAAUCUGGCUUCGACAUGGAUGACGAGGAGGGGUACCUCGCUGAUGAGUCCAGCGUUGGCGAAGAGGACGCCGACCUGGAUGAGGCAUGA